UCAAACGUCGACGGCGGUUUAUUUAGUAGCGCACUGCUUGGCGUCGGUGGUGGUGGUCGGAUGUACCGCUUAUAAAGGAUCGCGGAUUGCCAGGCAGAUCAGUUCGAUGCAGGUUCAUUGAAAAGAUUCGAGCGUGUAUUCGACAUAUAUCUAUAGGCAAUCAUGUCGGUGGCAGAACCGGAAAUGAUAACUGGGUCCGUCGCCGCCGCGACAUCUACUGGUCUAUCGGCAUCUACCAUUUUCCUGUCUCUCUUAAUACCGGUUUUGGUUCUGUACUACAUCUACUUCAGGAUUUCACGCCGUCACAUGCUCGAGCUGGCGGAAAAAAUACCAGGUCCAGACGGUCUGCCGUUAAUUGGAAACAUGCUACUGCUGAUAGGAAGUUCGGACACCACGUUUCGUAACUUGUACAGAAAGUCCUUAGAAUACGAUCAGAUCAUCAAGCUCUGGCUCGGACCGAAGCUGCUGGUUUUCCUCAUGGACCCACGCGACGUCGAGGUCAUCCUAUCCAGCCACGUUUAUAUCGACAAAUCCUCCGAAUACCGGUUCUUCCAACCCUGGCUCGGAAACGGUCUGCUCAUCUCCACCGGUUCGAAAUGGCGAGCCCAUCGCAAAUUGAUCGCACCGACGUUUCACUUAAACGUGCUCAAGACCUUCAUCGACCUUUUCAAUGCUAAUUCACGUGCGGUGGUGGAGAAGAUGCGUAAGGAAGGUGACAAGGAAUUCGAUUGUCAUGAUUAUAUGUCCGAAUGUACCGUUGAGAUCCUCCUCGAGACCGCUAUGGGUGUCUCCAAGUCCACGCAAGACCGAAGUGGCUUCGAGUAUGCCAUGGCUGUUAUGAAGAUGUGCGACAUUCUUCAUCUGCGUCACAGGACAAUCUGGCUCAGACCGGAUUGGCUGUUCAACCUCACGAAAUACGGAAAAGAUCAGAUCCGUUUGUUGGAAAUCAUCCACGGACUCACGAAGAAGGUCAUCGCGCGCAAGAAGCAAGAGAUCAAGAACAGCACGGGCAACAUUGUCGAUGAUUCCACGCAAACUGGCAAUGUUAAGACCGUUGAAACCACCUCUGUGGAGGGACUUUCCUUCGGUCAAUCAGCCGGCCUGAAAGACGACCUCGAUGUGGACGACAAUGACGUUGGCGAGAAGAAGAGACAAGCUUUCCUCGACCUGUUGAUGGAGGCCGGUCAGAACGGUUCCGUCCUGACGGACGAGGAAGUUAAGGAACAGGUCGACACUAUCAUGUUCGAGGGACACGACACGACCGCCGCUGCAUCUAGCUUUUUCCUGUCGAUAAUGGGCUGCCAUCCGGAUAUUCAGGAAAAAGUUAUCCAGGAACUUGAUGAAAUCUUCGGCGACAGCGACAGGCCCGCGACCUUCCAGGACACGCUGGAGAUGAAGUAUCUCGAGCGAUGUCUUAUGGAGACUCUUCGCUUGUACCCACCCGUGCCUGUUAUCGCGCGUAACAUCAAACAUGACUUGAAACUUGUGUCGGGAGAUUAUACGAUUCCAGCUGGGACUACGGUGAUAAUGACGACCUUCAAGAUGCACCGACAGCCGCACAUCUAUCCGAAUCCGGAGGUCUUCAAUCCCGAUAAUUUCUUGCCGGAGAAGACCGCCAGUCGACAUUAUUACGCCUUCGUACCGUUCUCCGCCGGGCCGCGUUCCUGCGUGGGUCGCAAAUACGCCAUGCUGAAGCUGAAAAUCAUCUUGUCGACGAUCAUGAGGAACUACCGCAUUAGGUCGGACAUCAAAGAGUCCGACUUCAGACUCCAGGCGGACAUCAUCCUCAAGCGCGCGGAGGGCUUCAUGAUCAAACUGGAGCCGAGGAAGCGGCCUGCCGCCGCCACCGCCUAAAACGGCGUUCCUCCGCUUGCGCUUAGUAGUCGCGUAGAAGAGGACGACGAGGAGGCGAGACGUAAAUCUUGAGUCUCUCCUCCUCGCGUGCACGCGCGCAAAACAAACGCUUUCGUGUUGCAUCAGUUGACAUGAGCAAAAAGAUUGUAACCCUUUUUUUCCGAUGUUUCGGAAUGCAGUUUGAUCACCGAGCGAUUGGUUCUUCCCUAGAGCCUCUUUCACCAAUCUUGGUUAAGCUAACUGACAGGUGGAAGGUCCAUUGGAAUUGACUAAUCGCAUUGCCUGUUAUGUGAAAUAACAUUUGUCAAUUCCAAUGGACUAACCCAUUGAUUAACUUAACGAAGAUUGGUGAAGAGGCCCUUAUGGAUCCCAUAUGGAUGGAAAAAAACCAUUGCAACCUUUUUGCUCAUGUUGUAUAUUACUGGUCCGUGGUCGUUGUAUGACGUACACCGCACACUUAUCGCUUACGUUGAUAUUUAGCCACAGAUAUCUAUACUAAACUAGAUCGCAUUAACAUAUGACAGCAUUGAGGCAGGAAGGAUAUCCGGUUUCAGUCAUGUUACCUACAACAAAAUGGCCGCUCCAAUGCCGCUCUUGCUUGGCAUUAUGGCACGAUAUCGAAAAAACUCGAUAAUCACAAUUAAUAUGCUCAACGGUGCUCAGCGGUCAACCGGUUCAGUUGUCAAACCUGUCAAACACAUACGCACUAACCUAAUCUACGCGUAGACGCCAUUUUCUUGUUGGGUAAGAUGGCCGAAUCCGGAUAUCCUGCCGGACACAGCUAUUCAGCCGAAGGUAGUGAUCUAGUUGUUAGAUAGAUAUCUGUGUAUUUAGCUUAAUAAAUGCGGCGUCUCUCGCGCCACGAAAUCUGC